UGUAAACCUCCCAAUCUGUAUUUCAGCCCGUCCCCCUGUCAUGUUUUAUGGAAAGAGACUUUGUAACACAAACGUAGGAUGCGUUGUCACUCCUUAAGGGGAUUUGGAGUUUGACUGGUCUCGGUUGAGCAAGCUGUGACUCUUCCACUAGUGGACCAUGUUUUCCUCUGCAACCCCUUACAAGAACCAGCACUACUCUGAUCUGAAGAAGGAUUGUCUCAGGAGUAAGAAACUGUUUGAGGAUCCCGAGUUCCCUUGCACAGAUGCGUCGCUUUAUUUUCGGAGACCGCCACCUGGUCGGGUGCAAUGGAAACGUCCAGGGGAGAUCAGCAAUGACCCUCACCUGUUUGUGGAAGGUGUCAGUUCCCAUGAUUUAAACCAGGGAUCUGUGGGGAACUGCUGGUUUGUAGCUGCCUGCUCAUGUCUGGCGCUGAAGCCAAACCUCUGGAAGAAGGUAAUUCCGGACUGGAAGGAGCAGGAGUGGAACUCUAAACAUCCAGAGGACUACGCCGGAAUCUUCCACUUCCAGUUUUGGAUAUUUGGAGAAUGGGUAGAUGUGGUUGUGGAUGACCGACUUCCUACCAUCAAUGGAGAGCUCAUUUACUGUCACUCCAAAGACAACAAUGAAUAUUGGAGCGCUCUGCUAGAGAAAGCUUAUGCAAAGCUCUCUGGCUGCUACGAGUCAUUGGAAGGGGGCAACACUGGAGACGCUGUGGUGGAUUUCAGUGGAGCUGUGGCAGAGGCCAUUAACCUUGAAGCGGAGGCUUACUAUAAGGACCAGGAGAAGCUCGACCAUCUGUUUGCGGAUCUACUCAAGGUGUACGACCGUGGUGGGAUCAUAAGUUGCUCCAUUAAGGCACAACCACACGAAAUCGAGCUGAAAAUGGGCAAUGGGUUGGUGAAAGGACACGCUUACUCGGUGACGGCGGUGAACAGGGUGCGUCUUGGUCACGGUCUGAUAGCCUACUUCAAAAAUGAAACCAUUCCGAUGAUCCGCAUGAGGAAUCCUUGGGGCAAAACUGAGUGGAACGGACCUUGGAGCGACAGCUCUGAAGAAUGGUCAAAGGUUGGUGACACUGAGAGGGGCAACCUUGGCAUCACGGUGGAGGACGAUGGAGAAUUCUGGAUGUCAUUCACCGACUGGUGCAAGCACUUUACAGAUGCCGACGUGUGUCGUUUAAUCAAUACGUCCGUGAUCAGCAUCCAUAAGACCUGGCAUGAAGUGGUUCACUUCGGGAGCUGGACCAAGCAAGCCGAGCCUCUCUUAAAUCGCUGCGGCGGCUGUGCUAACCAUAAAUCCACCUUCCUGCAGAACCCGCAGUACAUAUUUGAUGUCACAAAGGAGUCCGAUGAGGUUCUCAUCUCCUUGCAGCAAAGAGAUAUGAAGAUCCACAGGAAAUUUGGUCAAGGGGAAAAUCUAACAAUCGGCUUCAGUGUCUUCAAGGUAGAACUCAACAGAAAAUACAGGCUGCACGACAUCCUGACCCAGAAGUGCGUGGCAACGUCGACCUACAUCAACGCCCGCACUGUUUUCAUGAGGUGCACGCUGCAGCAAGGCCGCUACAUUCUUCUCCCCACCACCUUCAAGCCCCUCAUUCUGGGCGACUACAUGGUCCGACUCUUCACUGACUUGGACUCAAACUGCAGGGAGCUGAGCGAGGAUAAGCCUAAAGUGAGGUGCUGGAGUUCCUUCCUGGGGUACCCGCAGGUCGUGACCCAUAUUUACAUCCAUGCUGCUGAGGGGCUACAGAAUCAGGAUAGUACAGGAGGUGCGGACCCUUAUGUGAUCAUAAGCAGUGAGGGCCACUCGGUCAAAUCUCCAAUCCAGAAGGACACUUUAACACCAGAGUUUGAAACAAGCGGUGUUUUCUACAGGAAGAAGCCAAGAAAACCGCUAACGGUGCAGAUUUGGAACAGUAAUGCAGUACAGGACCAGUUUAUGGGCCAAGUGGUGCUGUCUGGUUCUCCCAAGGACACCACUGAUCCUCAGAGGCUUCGGCUGAGAAAGCAAGGCCGCAACAUGGCCGACGAGAUGCCCGGCAGCAUCAGCCUGAGAAUUGUCACUUCAACUCAGCUCACCGCCAUUUGAGACUCGCGUGCGGAACUGUGAAACCGAUGACUCUCCGUUGAGGUCAUUGCGUUCUAUGAUUUGCGUAUUUGGAAAGCAAUAUCGGACCGUGAGAAUGUUAAAUUUUUUACCUUCUUUGUAUCUUUGAAUGAGUAAUUUAUACAUUUUAUAAUGAACUCGUGUACAACUUUUAUAUAUUGUUUUAUACUUACUAAUAAUGUGCUAGAUUUUAUUAAUCCUUUCCACUUAUAUUCUACUUUUUUUUUUAAACACACUUGUAUUCCAAUAUAUUUUUUUAAACUCCUAUAAUAAGUUUACAAGAUGUUACCGCACUAUACCUGCCUGAAAGUUGUUUCCAGAGGUGGGCAGUAACGCGUUACAGUAACACCGUUACAUUUACUUAAGAAGUACAUUUUUCUGAAAAAUAUACUGAAGAGUAGUUUUACCAUGCAUUACGUUUUACUUUUACUUGAGUAGAUUUGUAAAGAAGAAACACUACUCUCACGCCGCUACUUUUGGCUAAACUAGAGCCGUUGCAUUUUUCCUCUUUACUCUACAUACUGAUUCUAUUUUUGCCAGAGAUGCCAACAGUGGCUGUCUUAGUUUCACCAAUUAGCUGUCGCAACAAUAACCACAUGACUCCAAUAUACCAAUCACAGGUAACAAUAUUUUUACUCCACUAGAGGGCGCUCAUGCACUUUGGACAGGGUGUUGUUUCAAGUGUUGUUCUGGUCUGAAUAUAAUAACAGUUCAUGCAGAUGAAGUGCUGAAAAAAAAUAUGUACCAUUAAUUUUUUUUUUUUGUAAAAUCAGACGUUAUUAGCAGUUACUCACAAUGUUACUCAUUACUUGAGUAUUUUUUCAACCAACACUGUUUUGCUUGUACUUGAGUAACUAUAUGGUUGAAUACUUUUACUUGAGUAAUAUUAUUUAGACAUAGACGUCACUAUCAGUUGACGGGGCUCAGGGCCGAUCCGUAGGGGGCCUAUUUUCAAAUACUUGAAAUACAAAUAAUAUCAAAACCAAAGCUGUUAGUGACCCAAAACCAAAACAGGCACCUCCCUUAGGCAUAUAUGUCUCCAUGAGCAGCGACAUUAAAAAAUUCAGUCGUUCCCUAUUAAAAUCCCGAUUGUUUUUUUUUUAAUACAAGCAUAACAAAACUUAAAAUGGCUAUAAAAUUCUCAAAUUCUAAGCAAGAUGCACAAAAAUCACCAAAUGCAGAGAAAAUUACCUAUAUUUUCAGGAUCAAUAGCAAUAUUUGACAUAUACAUUUUUGCCCAAAAUAUCAGUUUCAAUAUUUUUUCAACAGCCAAUAAAUCACUAAUUUUUCACAUCAGAAACUUAAUACUUCAGGAAAGCAUGCAGAAUCAUUUUAAUUUUACUCAACAAAAGCAAAAUUUGCAUUUUUCUAUAUAGAAUCACAACUUGUUUACGUCUUGCCGGCUAUCUGGCCCUCGUCGUUUUUAGAUUGAAAUGUUACAUAAAACACGUAAAAGGCUAAUUUUUUUUUGUAUGGACACAGAAACGUCUAAAUUACUACUUUUAUGCCCAAAAAACGGGCAGUUUGCCAAAAAUUACCUGAUCAUUUGACUGUAAAGUUACACUACUGUGUAUGGAUACAACACAGCGGCCAUCACAAAACAAAGAGCUUUUUAAGUUGAAAAUUUUUUAUAUAUAAAUGCGUAAAUCCCGGAAUUUCUAUAAAUAUGAACAUAGAACAGUCUAGAUUCUUGGUUAAAAGAAAAAAAAACCCAAACAAAAAACAAAAUGGGCAGUUAUCAUUCAUUUUACGUAAAUAUUUCAAGCUAAAUUUACGCUAUUGUGUAAGCCAACGUGGCGGCCAUCACAAAACUAAGAGCUUUUUAAGUUGAAAGUUCUUGUAAAUAAAUUUGUACAUCCCGGAAUUUCUAUAGAUAUGACCAUAGAACAGUAUAGAUUCUUGGUUAAAAGCAAAAAAAAAUACAGGCAGUUGUUAUUCAUUUUACGUAAAUAUUUCAAGCUUAAGUUAGCUUAAGCUAUUUUUUUCCAUGCAUUUUUCAGUGUUUCCAAGUGCAUUCAUUGGGAUAUUUCAUAUAAUAAUUACCUUGAAUCCUCAACCAAAUCCCUCCUGGGACACUCUUGCCUGCUUUUAUGCAGUAAAACAUUAAUCCUUUUUCCACCUAAAUCCAGUGUUUGAACGCAGCGUGUGUUUUAAGUUUAUCACAGUGAAAGCCAAACACUCUGCAUGGGUUGGCCUCCAACGGGAAGGUGUGGCGCAAUGUUUGUGGGAGCUGCCUUGUCAACUGAUGGUGAAGUCUAUGAUUUAAAAGUCAACGCUACUCUUACUUCAAUAAAAAUGUUGGUUUCUCUACCCACCUCUGGUUGUUUCUAAUAUUUUGGUUGCCUACUAAGGGAUAAAAUGUUAGAAAAAGUUACAAAUAUGACGCAAUGACACCUGAUUAAUAUGUGAAUAUGUCAAUCACAACUGAGUAUUAUCUUUGUUUAUACAACUCUUGCAUUCCUAAUGAAAUGUCCAUUGACUGUACUACAAUAUCCUACAAGCAGAAUUAUAUAUUUUCCACCAUUAGCACGCGCCUUGAACGCAACUCACCAUAGCAAAGCAAUCACCAUCUCGGUUUCAUUUUAUUUCAGUCCAGUUCCCAAACUGCAAUAUUUUUUUUUUUUUACACUCAAGACACAGCCAUGCACAAUUCCAAGUUCAAAAAGUCUAUUGCUUCAACCACAAUUAAAAAUAGUU